UAUUUGCUGGAGAGACUCUCUCCUCCUAGUGCAGGUUUUACAUAAUUUCUUUAUUACUAAUAAUGGUAGAAAGACUUUAACAUAUUUCACUGGUCACUUUUUUUGUAAAUGUUUCAUCUUCCCGUUUAGUUUGCAUUGUCUUUGCAUCUUUAUUGCAUACUUCACCAUGCGUGAUAGCUUGAGAUAUACUUUGGUUGGGUAGGUUUUUAUAUGGCAUUCCUUGCACCUGCAAAAGAGUUAGGGGCAGGCCAAAAAAAGACAAUAGGAGAAGUGGUGAGGUAAGAGAUGCAUAGAUUAGGUCUUGCUCCAAGUAUGGCAUUGAAUAGAGCGAAUUGAAGGGCCAAGACCCAGGUAGCAGACCCCAUCUAGCUGUGUUCAACUUUGUUACUAUUUUUUUUAUUUGUUUCCUUUCGCUUUUACUUUUCCUUUUCCUUUUCCUUUUCCUUUUCCUUUUCCUUGUCCUUGCUUGGAUCCCUGUAGCUGACCCCAUUAACUUGGGAUAGGGCUUUAUACCUUGCUCCUCACCAAUAAGAACUUUUGAUUUGUUGAUCUCUGAAAUGUGGAUGGGAGAUUACUGGAUGGUGUUCUUGCUCUAAUGUUUACUGCUUCCUCCAUGGUAUAGUGUCUUGACACCAUAUUACAGAGAGGAUGUCCUCUUUUCUGAGAAGGAACUUGAGAAAGAGAACGAGGAUGGAAUAUCGAUUUUGUUUUACCUACAGAAAAUAUAUCCUGAUGAAUGGAGCAAUUUCCAGGAACGUCUUAAAGAUCCGAAGACUGGUGAUGCUGCAAAAGACGUGAUGGAGUUAACUCGUCAGUGGGUAUCUUACAGAGGUCAGACACUUUCUAGGACAGUGAGAGGGAUGAUGUAUUAUAGGCAGGCACUUGAGCUUCAAAGUUUCCUGGAUAUGGCAGGGGACCAUGACAUUUUUGGUGGUUUCAGGGGAUUGGAUUUAAACUAUAGGGACCAAACAGCUCUUGCUUUCAAUUCACAAGCUGUUGCAGAUAUGAAGUUCACAUAUGUUGUUUCCUGUCAGAUCUAUGGCCAACAGAAAAAAUCCAGUGAUCCUCGUGACCGCAGUUGUUACCGGAACAUUUUAAAUCUCAUGUUACAGUAUCCAUCACUACGUGUUGCUUACAUUGACGAGAGAGAGGAGACUGUUCAUGGAAAACCUGAAAAGGUUUAUUACUCUGUUCUUCUCAAGGGAGGGAAGAAAUUGGAUGAGGAAAUUUACCGCAUCAAACUCCCUGGUCUUCCAAUCGUUAUUGGUGAAGGGAAGCCUGAAAAUCAAAAUCAUGCCAUAAUUUUCACUCGUGGGGAAGCUCUCCAGACCAUACACAUGAAUCAGGAUAAUUAUAUCGAGGAGGCUUUCAAAAUGAGAAAUGUUUUGCAGGAGUUUCUGAAGGAUCGUCAUGGGCAACAAAAGCCCACAAUAUUGGGUCUUCGGGAGCAUAUUUUUACUGGAAGUGUUUCAUCACUUGCGUGCUUCAUGUCCAACCAGGAGACUAGUUUUGUUACAAUUGGGCAGCGAACUUUGGCAAACCCUCUCAGGGUCCGGUUCCAUUAUGGUCAUCCUGAUAUAUUUGACAGAAUCUUUCACUUGACAAGGGGUGGCAUAAGCAAAGCUUCAAAAACAAUUAACUUAAGUGGAGAUAUAUUUUCGGGAUUUAAUUCAACUCUACGUGGGGGCUCUGUAACUCAUCAUGAAUAUAUCCAAGUUGGAAAGGGAUAUGAUGUAGGAAUGAAUCAAAUCGUACUUUUUGAGGCUAAGGUAGCAAAUGGAAAUGGAGAGCAGACACUGAGCCGUGAUGUUUAUCGGCUGGGGCAUCAUUUUGACUUCUAUAGAAUGCUGUCAUUCUACUUUACCACUGUUGGUUUCUACUUCAGCAGCAUGGUAACUGUUAUUACUGUGUAUGUGUUCCUUUAUGGGCAGCUGUAUAUGGUGCUGAGUGGUUUGGAAAGGUCUAUUCUUUUGGAUCCAAGUGUUCAGCAAAGUAAGUCUUUUGAAAUGGCGCUGGCUACCCAGUCUGUCUAUCAGCUGGGCUUGUUGAUGGUGCUGCCCAUGGUGAUGGAAAUUGGCCUUGAAAAAGGGUUUCUCACUGCACUGGGUGAUUUCGUUGUCAUGCAGCUGCAACUGGCCUCUGUAUUCUUUACCUUUCAGCUUGGAACAAAAGCUCAUUAUUAUGGGAGGACAAUAUUGCAUGGUGGUGCUAAAUACAGAGCUACUGGUCGAGGAUUUGUUUUGUUUCAUGUAAAAUUUGCUGCUAAUUACAGGUUAUAUUCCCGAAGUCACUUUGUGAAGGGUUUGGAACUGUUGAUGUUGUUAAUUGUGUAUGAAGUCUAUGGGAAGUCAUACCGUAGUUCGAGUAUAUAUCGGUUUAUCACAGCCUCCAUGUGGUUCUUGGUUGCCUCAUGGUUGUUUGCUCCUUUUGUGUUCAAUCCUUCUGGGUUUGAGUGGCAGAAGACAGUGGAUGACUGGACAGACUGGAAAAGGUGGAUGGGCAAUCGUGGUGGUAUCGGUAUCCCACAAGAUAGAAGCUGGGAAUCCUGGUGGGAAUCUGAACUGGAGCAUUUAAAGCACACAGACAUCCGGGGUCAAGUACUGGAGAUAAUUCUGGCAUGUCGCUUCUUUAUCUACCAAUAUGGCAUUGUCUACCACCUAAACAUAGCACACCAUAAGCAGAGUUUACGGGUGUACGGGCUUUCAUGGUUGGUCAUGGUUACUGUUCUGUUUUUCUUAAAGAUGAUAUCAAUGAGGAGAAGGAAAUUUGACACCAACUUUCAGCUCUGGUUCAGAAUCCUCAAGUUGCAUCUGUUCCUUGGCUUCUUGUCUGUCGUGGCCGUCUUAUUUGUAGUCCGUGGCCUGACCACUGGGGACUUGUUUGCUGGUGCUCUUGGCUUCAUGCCAACUGGAUGGGCACUACUUCUUAUUGGCCAAGCUUGCGGAUCCAUUAUGAAGGGUAUAGGGUUCUGGGACACCAUAAAGAAGCUAGCAAGAGGAUAUGAGUAUGUGAUGGGAAUGAUAAUUUUUAUGCCCAUUGUCAUUUUGUCUUAUUUCCCAUUUGUUUCAGAGUUCCAGACCCAGAUGCUCUUCAACCAAGCAUUCAGUAGAGGUCUACAGAUCUCAAGGAUUCUAGAAGGAAGAAGAGAUGGUCCAUGAUCACCUAGUUUAGACUUCAAAUCUGGCAUCACACAUUGAUCUGUCAUCUUGGAGUGAUUAAUUUUUUUUUUUGUAGGUUCAGUAUCGCAACUGUCCUUGUUGCAGAACAACAGAACUAUAAAAGCCUUGAUAUAUUUAUUGUUUCUGAGAAUCUUUCAGCCUUUUUGUUCUGAUAAUUAUUGAUUCACAAAUGAAUGCAAGUGCAGCUAUAUACAGGA